CAUUUGCAACCUCUUGCUUCGAGCGCUGACUCGACGAUUGCAAACUUCAGGUCGACGAUGAACACGGCUUUAUCCGGUUCUUUAAGUCUCUUCCGGUUGUAGAUGACGACGUAGUCCGCAUCUUCGACCGAGGAGACUGGUACACUGCACAUGGUGAAAAUGCAAACUUCAUCGCAAAGACUGUCUACAAGACUACUUCGGUCGUACGACAGCUCGGGCGCAAUGACAGCACCGGCUUGCCAUCCGUCACCAUGACGGUGACCGUCUUCCGACAGUUCCUCCGUGAAGCCUUGUACAAACUAGGGAAACGGGUCGAGAUUUGGGCGAGCCCCAACGGGCGUAUGAAUUGGAAAAUCGUCAAGCAAGCCUCCCCGGGAAACCUCCAAGACGUUGAGGAGGAUCUGGGAAGCCUUUCCGAGGCGGCGCCCAUCAUUCUGGCCGUCAAAAUCUCGACAAAGGCAUCGGAAGCUAGGUCUGUUGGAGUAUGCUUCGCCGAUGCGAGCGUCAGGGAGCUCGGCGUCAGCGAAUUUCUCGAUAACGACCUCUAUUCCAACUUUGAGGCUCUCCUGAUUCAACUUGGCGUCAAGGAGUGUCUGAUCCACAUGGAGAAAGCGGACAAGGAGAAGGAUCCGGAGCUAGCGAAGCUAAGGCAGAUCAUCGACAACUGCGGCAUCGCCAUCUCUGAGAGACCGGCUGCGGAUUUCGGCACCAAAGAUAUUGAGCAGGACUUGGCGAGGCUGCUGAAAGAUGAGCGGUCUGCUACCUUGCUGCCGCAGACUGAUCUGAAGCUUGCUAUGGGCGCAGCCUCCGCCCUCAUCAAGUACCUUGGCGUCCUGCACGAUCCUUCCAACUUCGGCCAGUACCAGCUCUACCAACACGACCUGGCCCAGUUCAUGAAACUUGACGCUGCUGCACUCAAGGCACUGAACCUGAUGCCGAGUGCAAGAGACGGUGCCAAGACGAUGAGCCUGUUUGGGUUGCUUAACCACUGCAGGACACCAUUAGGAAGCAGGCUGCUGGCGCAAUGGUUGAAGCAGCCCUUAAUGGACAAGAGCGAAAUCGAAAAGCGUCAGCAACUGGUUGAGGCGUUUGUCAACGACACGGAACUGCGCCAGACGAUGCAAGAGGAACACUUGAGGGCCAUCCCUGACCUCUACCGCCUGGCGAAGCGAUUUCAACGCAAGAAGGCGAACCUGGAAGACGUUGUCAGAGUGUAUCAGGUGGCCAUCCGCCUUCCCGGCUUCCUGGGCACGCUUGAAGGGGUGAUGGACGAAACCUACCGCGACCCUUUGGAUGAGGCUUACACCAACCAGCUUCGAGGAUUGUCUGACAGCUUGGCAAAACUGCAAGAAAUGGUGGAGACAACCGUCGACCUUGACGCACUCGACAACCACGAGUUCAUCAUCAAACCAGAGUUUGACGAUAGCUUGCGCAUCAUCCGGAAGAAACUCGACAAGUUACGAACAGACAUGAACAGAGAGUUCGCCGAUGUGGCGAGCGACCUGGGCCAGGAGAGGGACAAGAAGAUAUUCCUCGAGAACCACAAAGUUCACGGCUGGUGCAUGCGGUUGACUCGGACCGAGGCUGGCUGCAUUCGGAAUAAGUCCCGGUAUAUGGAGUGCUCGACACAGAAGAACGGCGUCUACUUCACAACCAAGACCCUUCAAGGGUAUCGUCGCGAAUUCGACCAGCUAUCUCAGACCUACAACAGGACUCAAAGCGGUCUUGUAAACGAGGUUGUCGGGGUGGCUGCGUCCUAUACUCCCGUUCUUGAGAGGCUCGCCGGCAUCCUCGCCCAUCUGGACGUGAUCGUUUCCUUCGCACAUUGUUCCGUGCAUGCUCCCAUCUCCUACGUGCGGCCCAAAAUCCAUCCACGGGGCGAAGGUCAAACGAUUCUGACGGAAGCCCGCCAUCCCUGCCUCGAGAUGCAGGACGACGUUCAAUUCAUUACCAACGAUGUUGAGCUGACGCGAGACAAGUCGUCUUUUCUCGUCAUUACCGGUCCCAACAUGGGUGGCAAAUCGACAUACAUCCGCCAGAUUGGCGUGAUUGCUCUGAUGGCCCAGAUCGGCUGCUUUGUGCCCUGUAGCACAGCCGAGCUGACCAUCUUCGAUAGCAUACUGGCGCGCGUAGGCGCGAGCGACAGCCAGCUCAAGGGCGUCUCGACCUUCAUGGCCGAGAUGCUCGAAACGGCCAACAUCCUCAAGUCGGCGACGGCCGAGAGUCUCAUCAUCAUCGAUGAGCUCGGCCGCGGCACGUCAACCUACGACGGGUUCGGCCUAGCGUGGGCCAUCUCAGAGCACAUCGUCAAGGAGAUCGGCUGCUUCGCCCUCUUCGCCACCCAUUUCCACGAGCUGACCGCCCUCGCGGACCAGUACCCGCAGGUGCGUAACCUGCACGUCACGGCGCACAUCAGUGGCACCGAUUCGUCGUCUUCCAAGAAGAAGACGGGGACCGAGAAGCGCGAGGUCACGCUCCUCUACAAAGUCGAACCGGGCGUCUGCGACCAGAGCUUCGGCAUCCACGUGGCCGAGCUGGUGCGCUUCCCGGACAAGGUCGUGCGCAUGGCCAAGCGCAAGGCCGACGAGCUUGAGGACUUCACCUCGGCUAAGCAGGACGGCGACGGCAAGACUGCUGCUACCCCGACGACGACGACGACGACGACAACUGCGGUCCUUGCCGGCGCAGAGUACAGCAAACGCGACGUUGAGGAGGGUAGCGCCCUGCUCAAGGACCUGCUCGUGCGCUGGAAGGACGAGGUUCGGGCCGGGUCCAUGUCCAAGGCGGAGAUGGUUGCGCGGCUGAGGGAGAUGGUGGGGAAGGAUGAGAAGCUACUGGCGAACCCAUUCUUCCAAAGCGUCAGGGCGUUGUAAACAUAUGGGUAGGCCGGGACUCGGGCUGCUCAACAGCAUCCUUUGGUUGGGUGGGUAUUGCGGGAUAU